GCUGAGGUGGAGACGGAGGACGGAGCCAAACAAACAAGGAAGUCUUGAAAUCAAGAGUCAAGCUUUAUGGGAAUUUUUUAAUAUCGUGACCUUCAAGUCCUUCAACCUCCGAUAUGGAAAAAUUGAGCGAAAGGGAUAAAAUUUUUCGUCUGGCGAUUUCUUCUCGAGUUCUUGUGCUCGUCAUUCAGCUGCUGGCGUACAAUCUACUUCCCAACCACGAGACGGAUGUAUUUGCAUCCCCCUCAAGUCCAGGGGAUGGUCAGCGACCUCUCGAUCCUGUGGUGUCCUUUCUAUUGGGCGGUCUUCUGCACUGGGACGGCCAAUACUUCCUGCACGUUGCUCGCUAUGGCUACACCUACCUGAAUACCCUCGCCUUCUUCCCUCUUCUACCUAUGGCAGGCUCUCUCAUAGCCUCUCUCGCGUCACCUCUCACUGUUCUUCUGUCACCUCCGAUGCUCUUCUUGCUUUUAUUCACCAUUCUCAACUUUUACUGCUUUGUCUACGCCGCCCUUGCCCUCUACGAUCUGAGCGUAGCCCUGCUACCCCUCAACUCUAACGUUCCCUUCCGCUCGGCAGUCCUUUUCUGCUUCUCGCCAGCCUCAAUUUUCUUUUCCGCCCCAUACUCAGAGUCCCUAUUUGCGUUUGUCACUUUCUCAGGACUUACUCGUUUGCACACCCCUUCGCAACCUUUGUCCUCAACCCUGGCUCUUGCUUUGAGCACAGCCUGCCGCUCCAAUGGCCUGCUGAACAUAUUACACCCACUGCACCUUCACCUUCGGUUCCGCCGACCGCACCUCGCCCUCCUUGCACUGGUGCUCAUUCCUAUACCCUUCCUCCUUUUCCAGGUCUUUUCCUAUGGCAGAUUCUGCUUAGACCCUCAUUAUUCACCUCCCCCAUUUCUCCUCGAGCACGCUCAGGACAACGGCUACUUGGUCGCAGGUGGUGCCCCGCCACCUUUUUGCCAGCAGUCACUGGCUCUACCCUACCAAUAUGUGCAGAGCAGCCACUGGGAGGUGGGCUUCCUCAGGUACUUCGAAAUGAAGCAACUGCCAAAUUUUUUGCUCGUCGCACCCUUAUUGGCAAUAGUGGUACCAUCAGGGUGGCGCUUUUUUCGAAACUACCCUCGGCACUGCCUUACGUUGGGCCUGAGAGGAACAUGUCCAAAAGCAGUGCCUGGCGAGUUGCCACCAAACACCCUGCCACUUGUGGUUCACACUGCUUUUCUUGCAGUCUUCUGCUUUUUCUGCAUACAUGUGCAGGUGACAACAAGAAUAAUUGCAUCCUCGUGCCCAGCAUUUUACUGGUUUGCUGCACUUUGGUCUAGUCACAAAUCCCCAAAAGUGGAGACACUCAUUAUCACAAAGAGCUACUGGCAAUGCUUUUUAUUUUGUGAACGCCCCAAAGACUGGAAAGGCCAUUUUGUACGCCUUUAUUUUUUAAGUUACUUAAUAGUAGGCACAAUUAUGUUUAGUGUAAGUCUUCCGUGGACGUAAAACAAUAAAAAAAAAGUUUUUUGCAAAAGAUUGAAUACCU